UUAUAAAAACAGGUGAAUUGGGAGUACAGAGCCAGGCUAGAUUCUUCCCCCGGUGCUGUGCGUCUACAGGGUUCUACUCAGGUUUCUGUCUUUUGUGGGGAGAAGUAAAAUAAUGGCAUCUCCAGCAGAUGAAGAAAACGGGCUUUCCUCCUCCAUGAGAGCUCCUCUUCUUCAAACACAUGGACGCCUACCAGGCCAUGAGGGAGAAGCUACUUUUGCAAGGACUUGCUUCAAUGUUACCAACGCCCUCUCUGGAAUUGGUGUGUUAUCAGUACCAUACGCGCUGUCAGAAGGAGGAUGGAUAAGCCUUGCUCUUUUCUUCCUGGUUGCCCUUGUAUGCUUCUACACCGGUCUACUCCUCCAGCGUUGCAUGGACGCAGACCCACACAUCAGAAGCUAUUUAGACGUUGGAGAGUUUGCUUUCGGUUAUAAUGGAAGAAUUAUUGUCGCCAUUUUCAUGUAUAUAGAGCUUUACCUCGUUGCAGUUAGCUUUCUGAUCCUAGAGGGUGAUAACUUGGACAAUCUGUUUCCCAACUUAGAAUUUCAGCUUCUAUCUCUGACAAUAAAACAAAAGCAGUUCUUUCUUUUAGUCUCUGCUCUGAUUAUACUGCCAACAACAUGGUUAAGAAAUUUGGGUGGUCUUGCAUACAUCUCUGCCGGAGGAGUGGUGGCAUCGGUGAUUUUGAUGUGUUCUUUGCUUUGGAUUGGAGUCACUGAAACUGGAUUUCAGAUGAAGGGAAGAGUUCUCAAUUUGGGUGGACUGCCUACAGCUUUGGGCUUGUUUUUUGUUUGUUUCACUAGUCAUGCUAUGUUUCCGACCAUUCAGGCUUCAAUGAGGGAGAAAACGAGGUUCUCCAAGGUACUCGUAAUUUCUUUUGCUCUUUGCAUAUUCAACUAUGGAGCAAUGGCUGUUCUUGGUUAUCUUAUGUAUGGGGAGAACCUAAAAUCACAGGUUACACUGAAUCUUCCACCCGGGAAGAUUAGUUCGAAGAUAGCAAUCUACACAACACUGAUCAAUCCAUUGGCUAAGUACGCUCUAACUAUAACGCCAAUUAGUUUUUCCGUAGAAGAAUGGCUGGCAUUCCAUCUGAAAAGAUCUCACGGCACUCUAGUGAGGACUCUCCUGUUGCUCAGCACAGUCUUGGUGGCAUCAUCGAUACCUUUCUUCGGCUACCUUAUGGCUUUCAUUGGAUCUUUUCUUAGCAUCAUGGUAUCAGUUUUGUUUCCUUGCGUGUUUUAUAUGAAGAUCUACAGAGUUUCUUUUCAAAGGAAUGGGUUUGAGAUGGUUGUGAUUGUGGGAGUUAUGGUUACAGGUGUUCUGAUUUCUGUUGUAGGCACUUACUCAUCUAUUGCACAAAUCAUCUCCAGUUUGUAGAGGAAUUUGUUGUAUCGAGAUGUCUGUCAAUCACAAUUUCGUUGAAUGAAUCCUACUAGCAGGAACAUUUAGGGUUCCUAGUUUGUUUAAUUUUCAGAUGUUUGAGCUUGAUUGAAUCAAGUUUCAAAAGGAGACCUUGAAUGAAAUUGGUUUCAAUAGUUUUUAUU